UCCCACACAACCUGGAAGUGCUGGUUGGGCGAAUUCUAUACACACCAACGACAUUAUAGCAAAGAUGGCAAAACCGAGCGUUUCCAAGAAGUCUAAGCAACCAUCGGUUCACUCGAGAGCUGCAAGGCGCGCAACAGAUGUUGACAUUGACACCGACAAGUCUCUCAAGAAUGUCAAGGCCCCCUCGGACUCAACCGACUACCGGCCAUCGGUCUUGGCUGCGCAAACCAACGCCGGUAUCUCUAAGAAGUCCAAGAACCGCAAGACACAGAUGAGCGCCAAGGCCAAGAAGAGAAAUGAGAAGGCAAUGGACCGCGCCGAGGCCAUCAUGGAGCGGACGACCAACAAGAUCGAGAAGAGCAAGGGCAAGUCUCGGAGGAUACAGACGCGGAGUAAGCAGUGGGACGACAUCAACAAGAGCCUGCCUGCAGCGAAGAAGUUCCCUGACGAAGAGGAUCUCGAGGUGGAGGGGCGCAAGACUAGGGUUGCCGUACUGCCAGCGGAUAAGGAGUGGGAGACGGACGAGGAGAUGGACGGUGUUGAUGAGGAUUCUGCGUCCGUUGCUGCCGAUGCUGUGCAGGCUGCUCCGACGAACGAUGACAUCGACGAGGAGAUUUUGUAGCAGUUUGGAAGUUUCGAGGUGCCCUGAAGGCUGUGUCUGGCGGGACUAUGAGAUUUAUGAUAGAUACCCAAUGAUAUGUGAAGUUCAUCCACG